UCCACUACAGACGCUGCAACUACUGUUGCAAUUAUCAUGACGAGCACAUCGAGUACUACGACGGUUCCUACCCUGGGAAACAUUGUGACUGGAGGGCUCUUUGCUUCGUCGGAGGCUGCGACGACUUCAGAUCUACCUCCAAUGACCACUAAUGUUCCUUCAACUGCGUCUACGUCUGUGCCGAGGACGAGUACAACUCUGCCACCAGGGACUACUACGAGCACAACAACACUAGACCCGAAUGCGCAAUUGAAAAAAGGUCCUCCCAGUGCGCCGGAUAAUGUUGCUUCUGUGCCUAAAGUUAAAGCCGUCGCAUCUUUUGCUAUGUCGUUGCCAGAGGGCACGACGGGUGUGGAAUUGCUUGCCAAUCCUGAGGUUGUGGGGUCCUUUCGCAAUGCUUUCGCCGAACAGUACAGAGUUGUUCUCUCGGACGUUGUCAUCAACGAAUUCGAAGUGGCGCCUAGAAGCGUGUCACGACAACUGCUUGCUGAGAGGGAGUUGAUGUUGAAUCAUCUGGAGGAGGAUGCUCGUCGUGAUACGACUCCAAAGUCUAGAAGCUUGUCGACAUUAAGUGGCACUUCUUCUAUGUCGUUAUCGUCCACCUCAGGCUCAGGCAUGCAGCAGCUUUCCUCGACAUCAUCUACUAGUGGUAACAACUACAUGAUGGGAAGCAGUGGCAGCACUGACACUGUACCAUCUACCUCAGCCGACUCCAAGAAUGCAACAGGAGAGCAUCAUCUGUACACUGUAGAAGCGUUGAGUGACUUGAAGAUGAUGUGGCUUGUGCCUUUCAGCAACGAUCCAGAGGGACAUGCUAGGGCGUGGUAUGAGCAGCGGCAAAAGCGACGUACAGAGGAAUGGAAAAAAUACUGGAAGAAGGAUCAGAAGAAUGGAGGUAUGUCCUCUCCUCCUGGUGGAAAUAAGACAAAGAGUGGAGGCAAGAAUAGUACUUGGUGGAGAGGCGUCGAUGGCAAGGGUAGUAACGAAACUCGGAUGAACGCCAAGAAGAAGGAAGGAUGGAAGGAUGACAAGAACAAGAUGAAGCCACCGCCACGCGCUGAGCAUUUUGUUCAAGAUGAGUUUGGUAAGAAUAAGACACGAAAAGAUGAUGGAAAGAAGCUCCAAGGCAAAAAGCCGCCAGGGUUUUCCGGUAAUAUGACUUUCGAUAAAGAAGAUAUGAAGCGUCCGGCAGAGGGGAAGAAGCCACCUCCUGGCUUUUCUGGCAACAAGACUUCGGAAGAUCAUUCCCACGAUACGUGGUCCGAUAAAGGCCAGGAUAGUGAAAAGGGUUCCGGCAAAGGCAAAGGUGACGAGAAAGCGUCAGGCAAAGAGAGAGGCGAUUUUUACAAGUCGAAAAAACCAGAUGAGCAUGGCGAUGACAAGUCUGAUCAAGACUACAAGAAAGAUGACUACGAUUCUUCAUCUGACAAGAAGAAAGAUGGAAGCAAGGAGUCCUCCGCUUCAAACUAUGAGCAGAAAGGCCCUGAUGGAGGACAUGGAACUAAGGAUAAAGAGAAGAAAAGUUCCUCUUCGCAUGGAGGUAGUUCUAAGGAUUUUUAUUCGCCCUCGAAGGAUUAUUCCUGGCUCUCUAAAGACAAAAAGGGCGGCGACAAGGGAUACGAUUCUUCCCAUAAGAGACUUCUAGCCUCUACUGCGGUGGAAGUGAUCUGCAUAUAUGAGAUCCUCACGUCAGAACCUGAUAAGCUAGCCACUAAGAUGGAAGCUAGUUCUCCUGCAACUUUGCAGACAUUGUUGACGGGGAAAUUGGCCACUGUAACAUCGAUUCCUAACAUGCAGGUCACUGGCGUGCUUUCUACAUCCGUCGCUGAUUGUUCAGGUGUGCAGAAUUUAGCAGGCAGUACCUGUAGUGCGGAAUUGGAAAAAGUGUGCUUCCAAGAAUGUCAAGCAUUGAAAAACGCGAUUACUGUGUCGAAUGGAGGAUCCAUUGGUGGAGGUACGACCAGUGACGGUAGUGUAGCAGUUGAUGCUACUGAUGCCUCUUCUAGUGACGACGACGAUGAGGAAGCAGAAGUUGUUUUCACAGGUCUGGUACCGUCAACAUCGGAUGAAGACGAUGAUGAUGAUGAUGAUGAUGAUUCCAAUAGAGUUUCGAAUGUAGUAGCUAUUCAGGAACCAGGUGCGAAUCGAGCUGGUGGGGAUGAAUUACUUGGAGAUCCGAAUCAAGUUUCUCCAGUGAUCCUCAUCACAGCUGCUGCUAUCCCAGCCUUGUUACUCGGUCUUUAUUGGGGCCGUUACCUGUACACAAGUGGCGGCAUCAGCUGCAAGCGGGCUCGUGAGGUCGUCAGUUUGGUGAAGAGGUCACUGGCUGGUAAAGGCAGUAAGAAGGGAGGACUACAGACCAGCAGAAACGGAAGAACAUCAGGUGAGGGAGAAGCGAAUCCUGAGAAUGACGAAGAGAAUGGCUUCGACGAACCUCCCGAUGCACCCGCCAGUCCUGCAAGCGCGCAUCCCGCAGAACCCAAUGUCUUGCCAAGACGUCGCAACAGCCCUGCGAACAUCAAUGUCGUGAUUCCUCCUGACACAGUUAAUGAAGACUACAGGGACGAUUUGAGUUCGAGUAAUACCAGUGUUACUUAUAUCAGCUCUGAUACGGAAGGUGAGGAGCAUGCGGAUGUAUUUAAUGGCAGAGGAAGAAGGAACAGUUCUUCAGGUGGGGCAAGAAAUACGGGAACAUCAAAUGGUCGCUCUCGUCGUGAUCGUGAUCAGGAGAAUGUGAAUCCCUCUUCUAGAGGAGGUGCCGGAGCAGCCGCACCGAUUUUUGUGCUAGGACAGCCAGUCAUUGGAGGUGGUGGGCAAGGCGUUCCGAUGGGUGUUCCGACGAAUGCUUCCUCUGCGGGUCAAUUUUCCUCUCCAAGCAGCAGCUACAUCCCCACCGGCUACAUCAAAGAGGGCAUGGGGGUGCCAGGUGGAGCGGCAGGUUCGCGUAAUGCCCCAACGUCAAGGCCACCACAAGCAGCGGCCCCACAGGCAGCGGCUGGUAUGCCAGUUCGUAACCAGAAUAGAAGUUCUAGUCCGACACCUCAUGCAACAGGACCUCCACCUUCUGCAGGUCCACCUAGAGAUGCCACAGUUAUAGACUCGGAAAAUAAUGAUCCAGAAGAUAAUGCAGAUCAGUCAAUGGCCUCUCGCGCAGCGGCUUUUUUUGCGGCUAUGGCAGGAAGAAGCGCCGCACAACAAGAAGGUCAAGGUAAUAGUGCGUCUUCUACUGCAGCAGACGGAAAUGCUCGAAAUUCACAAUCAACAUCUAGUGCUACGACGUCUCUGCCACGAUCUUCUAGUGUACCACCAUCUCCGUCGAGUCAGAGGAACUUGCGUGUACCACCACCCCCAAGAGUCGCAGAGCCCCGGUCAUCUCCGAACAAUGGUGGAGGUGUUGGGCCAGGACAUCAGCGUUUGCACAGUGACUUGCGAGCCGCAGCAGACAAUGAGGCCGCACCGGCACCGGGUCGCGCAUCGUCACCUUUUGUAGGAGGCAGACGAAAUAUCUACUACAACGGACCGAACAGGUCUAAUCGAGCUGCUAGUGCUGAUCGGGACGAGAAUGAACCGAGUAGUAGCGGAACGAGUGGCCCUAGUCACCAAAAUGAGAACACGAGACCUUCCGCCGGUAGAAGAGAUAUAUCUUUUGCUUGGAACGAGUCCGAUUCAGGCCGUUCAAGUUUCGCCAAUUUCCCAACAAGAGCUCAAGUCCUCGAAGAAAUGGGUAUUGGAAACAACGACCCUAGCUCGAGAAACGCUGCAGCUGCAACUCCAGACGGUCGAACUCCUAGUGGUCGGCGUCGUAGUCGUAGUAAUCGCGGUGGAGCAGGUUCGUCAUCCUCACCUAACGACCGUCGACCCCGUUCCCGACUCAACUCCAGCAGAGACCCCAACAACCUCAGUGCCCGCACUAGUGCCAGAUCCGAGAGAAGUACAGCGGACUUGAUCGAUGUACACUUGCAGAGCAUAUCUGGUGCGAAUAGUGCAAGGUCAUCUAUGGGUACCACGGACUCGCAGUGGAGCAACGACACUGAAGAUAUGAUGGACAUGGUACGAGGAGGAACGGGUGGGAGACUUGGCAAGGGUGCUGGGCAAAGACAAUAAUUAUAAGGUUAUUUCGUUUCCUCGGCCAACUGCUGAUUUUCCGACGCAUAUACUUAGAGUAUCCCGCUAAUUCUAGGACAUUAUUAUGUGCCGAAUUUUUACAAAUACAACAUCUGAAUGACAUUUAGCAUACUUUUUAUGACCUUCUUCGUCGAAGGGUUCGGUCCUAUUGGAUUCUGAUUAAUUAACGAACAAGUCGAACGAUACAUAGUAUAACAUUCUCUAGCUGAGAAGUUUGCAACGAAAUUAUGCUCUUCGAUGACUUGCACAGAAUUACAACAAAUAGAGUAAAAAUGUGUGGUCUGCUGUCUUACGAAUCCCCAGUGGCGUUGGUCCAUAACAGAGUUUCCAAAAGACAACUGCUGGACAGUUGUAGACAGAAUGACUAUAAUUCCAGACCAAGUUGACUGAUAUUGGUGGAUGCAUAGAAGAAAUGAAUAUCCCCUCUAUAGUACUCUUGAAAGAACGUGAACAGGAGAUGCUUGCGAAAAAUAGCGCACGGUUGAGUGACGUUUGCCUGCUUAGUUGCAGUAAGGAAAAGAAUUUUUCUUGUGGUCUCUGUUAUGGAGUGCCCUUUCC